GCUGCAGCCACGGGGAAGAGGCGCGGGGAGGGGCGGAGCCUGGGAAUGGGGCGGGGCCGGAGAACAGCCCGUCGCUAAGGCCUGCAACCCAGACCGCGGAGAGGACGCGGUGCCGCCCGGUCUGGCCUCGCCCCUGGAGGGUGGGCCCAGCGGGAGGGCGCGGCCGGCGGGGCGCGCGGGAGGCAGUUCGCUCAGGCUGCCCCAGCGAGGGCGCUUCGCUCCCAGCCAGGACAUGGCCGCACCUCCCCGCAGCAGGAGCUCCGGCUCACGGACUUCUCGCCUAACUCCCUGAGCGCUCCCUCGUUUCGAUCUUUAGAAAACACCGCGUUCUUUCUGGGGCCGUGACGAGGGACAGGGAACGGCGAGCAAGGAUGCGUUGAGGACCGCGAGGGCGCGCGUCCCGGGUGCCGCCGUGGGUCCCGACGCGGAAGCCGAGCCGCCUCCGCCUGCCUCGACUUCCCCACUCCGCUUCCGCCGCCGCCCGCCGCGCUUGAUGUGCAGAGAGAAGCCUGACACCAUGAUCCUAACACAAAUUGAAGCCAAGGAAGCUUGUGAUUGGCUACGGGCAACUGGUUUCCCCCAGUAUGCACAGCUUUAUGAAGAUUUCCUGUUCCCCAUCGAUAUCUCCUUGGUCAAGAGAGAGCAUGAUUUUUUGGACAGAGAUGCCAUUGAGGCUCUAUGCAGGCGUCUAAAUACUUUAAACAAAUGUGCGGUGAUGAAGCUAGAAAUUAGUCCUCAUCGGAAACGAAGUGACGAUUCAGACGAGGAUGAGCCUUGUGCCAUCAGUGGCAAAUGGACUUUCCAAAGAGACAGCAAGAGGUGGUCCCGGCUUGAAGAGUUUGAUGUCUUUUCUCCAAAACAAGACCUAGUCCCUGGGUCCCCGGACGACUCCCACCCAAAGGACGGCCCCAGCCCCGGAGGCACGCUGAUGGACCUCAGCGAGCGCCAGGAGGUGUCUUCCGUCCGCAGCCUCAGCAGCACUGGCAGCCUCCCCAGCCACGCGCCCCCCAGCGAGGAUGCUGCCACCCCCCGGACUAACUCCGUCAUCAGCGUUUGCUCUUCCAGCAACUUGGCAGGCAAUGACGACUCUUUCGGCAGCCUGCCGUCUCCCAAGGAACUGUCCAGCUUCAGCUUCAGCAUGAAAGGGCACGAAAAAACUGCCAAGUCCAAGACGCGCAGUCUGCUGAAACGGAUGGAGAGCCUGAAGCUCAAGGGCUCCCACCACAGCAAGCACAAAGCGCCCUCAAAGCUGGGGUUGAUCAUCAGCGGGCCCAUCCUGCAAGAGGGGAUGGAUGAGGAGAAGCUGAAGCAGCUCAACUGCGUGGAGAUCUCCGCCCUCAACGGCAACCGCAUCAACGUCCCCAUGGUACGAAAGAGGAGCGUUUCCAACUCCACGCAGACCAGCAGCAGCAGCAGCCAGUCGGAGACCAGCAGCGCGGUCAGCACACCCAGCCCCGUUACCAGGACCCGGAGCCUCAGUGCCUGCAACAAGCGGGUGGGCAUGUACCUAGAGGGCUUCGAUCCUUUCAGUCAGUCAACAUUUAACAACGUGAUGGAGCAGAACUUUAAGAACCGCGAGAGCUACCCAGAGGACACGGUGUUCUACAUCCCUGAAGAUCACAAGCCUGGCACUUUCCCCAAAGCUCUCACCAAUGGCAGUUUCUCCCCCUCGGGGAAUAACGGCUCUGUGAACUGGAGGACGGGAAGCUUCCACGGCCCUGGCCACAUCAGCCUCAGGAGGGAAAACAGCAGCGACAGCCCCAAGGAACUGAAGAGGCGCAAUUCUUCCAGCUCCAUGAGCAGCCGCCUGAGCAUCUACGACAACGUGCCGGGCUCCAUCCUCUACUCCAGUUCAGGGGACCUGGCGGAUCUGGAGAACGAGGACAUCUUCCCCGAGCUGGACGACAUCCUCUACCACGUGAAGGGGAUGCAGCGGAUAGUCAACCAGUGGUCCGAGAAGUUUUCUGAUGAGGGAGAUUCGGACUCAGCCCUGGACUCGGUCUCUCCCUGCCCUUCCUCUCCAAAACAGAUACACCUGGAUGUGGACAACGACCGAACCACACCCAGCGACCUGGACAGCACAGGCAACUCCCUGAAUGAACCGGAAGAGCCCUCCGACAUCCCGGAAAGAAGGGAUUCCGGGGUUGGGGCUUCCCUAACCAGGUCCAACAGGCACCGACUGAGAUGGCACAGUUUCCAGAGCUCACAUCGGCCAAGCCUCAACUCUGUAUCACUACAGAUUAACUGCCAGUCUGUGGCCCAGAUGAACCUGCUGCAGAAAUAUUCACUCCUAAAGCUAACGGCCCUGUUGGAGAAAUAUACACCUUCUAACAAGCAUGGUUUUAGCUGGGCCAUGCCCAAGUUCAUGAAGAGGAUCAAGGUUCCAGACUAUAAGGACCGGAGUGUGUUCGGGGUCCCACUGACGGUCAACGUGCAGCGCACAGGACAGCCGUUGCCUCAGAGCAUCCAGCAGGCCAUGCGAUACCUCCGGAACCACUGUUUGGAUCAGGUUGGGCUCUUCAGAAAAUCGGGGGUCAAGUCCCGGAUUCAGGCUCUGCGCCAGAUGAAUGAAGGUGCCAUGGACUGUGUCAACUACGAAGGACAGUCUGCUUAUGACGUGGCAGACAUGCUGAAGCAGUAUUUUCGAGAUCUUCCUGAGCCACUAAUGACGAACAAACUCUCGGAAACCUUUCUACAGAUCUACCAGUAUGUGCCCAAGGACCAGCGCCUGCAGGCCAUCAAGGCUGCCAUCAUGCUGCUGCCUGACGAGAACCGGGAGGUUCUGCAGACCCUGCUUUAUUUCUUGAGCGAUGUCACAGCAGCCGUAAAAGAAAACCAGAUGACCCCAACCAACCUGGCCGUGUGCUUAGCGCCUUCUCUCUUCCAUCUCAACACCCUGAAGAGAGAGAAUUCCUCUCCCAGAGUAAUGCAAAGAAAACAAAGUUUGGGCAAACCAGAUCAGAAAGAUUUGAAUGAAAACCUAGCUGCCACUCAAGGGCUGGCCCAUAUGAUCGCCGAGUGCAAGAAGCUUUUCCAGGUUCCUGAGGAAAUGAGCCGAUGUCGUAAUUCCUAUACCGAACAAGAGCUGAAGCCCCUCAGUCUGGAAGCACUCGGGCACCUGGGUAAUGAUGACUCAGCUGACUACCAACACUUCCUCCAGAACUGUGUGGAUGGCCUGUUUAAAGAAGUCAAAGAGAAGUUUAAAGGCUGGGUCAGCUACUCCACUUCGGAGCAGGCUGAGCUGUCCUAUAAGAAGGUGAGCGAAGGACCCCCUCUGAGGCUUUGGAGGUCAACCAUUGAAGUCCCUGCUCUGCCAGAGGAAAUCUUAAAGCGCCUACUUAAAGAACAGCACCUCUGGGAUGUAGACCUGUUGGAUUCAAAAGUGAUUGAAAUUCUGGACAGCCAAACUGAAAUUUACCAGUAUGUCCAAAACAGUAUGGCACCUCAUCCUGCUCGAGACUACGUUGUUUUAAGAACCUGGAGGACUAAUUUACCCAAAGGAGCCUGUGCCCUUUUACUAACCUCCGUGGAUCACGAUCGGGCACCUGUGGUGGGUGUGAGGGUUAAUGUGCUCUUGUCGAGGUAUUUGAUUGAACCCUGUGGGCCAGGAAAAUCCAAACUCACCUACAUGUGCAGAGCUGACUUAAGGGGCCACAUGCCAGAGUGGUACACAAAAUCUUUUGGACAUUUGUGUGCAGCUGAAGUUGUAAAGAUCCGGGAUUCCUUCAGUAACCAGAACACCGAAACCAAAGACACCAAAUCUAGGUGAUCACUGAAGCAAAGCAACUGCUUCCACCACCAUGGUGUUUGUUUCUAGAACUGGCAAAGGCCAGUCCUUGAAGAAUGGGUUCUGUGUCUAAUCCUGAAACAAAGAAAACUACGAGCUGGAGUGUAGGAACUGACUAUUGCAAUUUGAUAUAUUUUUAAAGCUGCUUCCUGUUUGUUGAGGGUCUGUAUUCAUAGACCUUGACUGGAAUAUGUAAGACUGCAAAAAAAAAAAAAAAAGUAUGUGUAUUGUUAUUCAAAUUGCUUCUGAGAAGCAAAACUCUUUAAAUACAUUAUGGAAGAUAAUGAAGAUACUUCAUUCUCUUGUGAUAUCGGUGUAUGCGUACCUGUGUUGCUUUAUUUGCAGUGUGUUGAGGGACUGGUGUAUCCACUGGAAUAGUUGGUACUCUUUGACAUGUUUUCUCACCAAGAUGAGCAAAGAAAGGUUUGCACAGAGGAGUGUGAAUGUGUGUUUGUUGCUGGCUGAAUGGCAAUAGAUGUCUAAGGUGGAUUCAGUGUCUGGCACACUGAGACACCUCCAAGAAGGAGAUUGAUGCGUCAGGUUCAGUUUAACCUGGAAUAUCUGACUACCCCUGAAUCCACCCAGAAAGGGGGCCCAACACCCUUGUCCAUUUAUGGGUUUUUUUUUUUCCAAGUUAUUAAGCAUAUUCCUUCUCCACCAACCUCUUCUGUACUUUGAUUGUAAUAGAUUGGCUCUUACACCCAUUCCAAAUGCAGUUUAUUUUUAGACCCGAUUGCAAAUAGUGAUGUAGUUUUAACCAGUAUGGAUUAGUUUAGGGAUGAACUGCUCCCUCCAGCCUUACUGGCUCUGAUCCACAGAGUUUUGUUUUGUUUUGUUUUGUUUUUUGUUUAAGUCGAGAUACAAAAACUGAACACGGUAACACUUACUCUUAAAUCAAGCAUCAAAACUUCUUCCCUGUUAGAAUUCUUUGCAUUUUUGUGUUUGUAACAGAAACGCCUUAAGAUACUAUGUUUGGGAAUAUAGGAAACUAUGUGUGUCCCAAGGAAAUCCCUAUAAAUUUAACCCACCUACGAAAGGCUUUUUCCCCUGCCUUUGGUUGUUAACGGCAUUCCUGAAAGCCACAUGUGUUUAUUCACUGGGCUUGUUCUUAUCAGCAAAUAGGUUUUCUGGUUUUAUGACUUUUUGUCUUAUUUUAUUUUUCCUACAUUUCUUUUUUUUUUUUUUUCCUUUAGAAUGCCCUUGAAAUAUAUUUAAGUGGUAAUGAAAAAUAGUAAUCAUAGUAAAACACAAGAAGAAGAAAACCAACCCAAACCAGUGAAGUUUUUUAGAACGUUUAGAAGGGUGGUCUUUAUUCAGGUUUUACUGUAAUGGUAAGGAUUGACUCAAGAGACAGUAUUAGUAAAUUUAUUUUGUAUGGAUCAAAAGUGAAUCAUGUAUGAAUGAGAGCUGUAAGAAGGAUUUUUAUUUUGUUAUAAUUUAGUUACCAUUUUCAGUGUUAUUUCAAAGGUUCUUUGAAGAAUUUUGGGGCAGGGCGUCAGAUUAGAGUUUUAAAAUUUGAGUAUUUUGGAUAUCAGUGUUCCUUAUGAAGAUAUACAUGGAUAUUCAAUUUUGAUGGCUUCCAGAUUUGUAAGGUUGUAUGUUGUAUAUACCAUUCUAUUAAGAAACAUGUCCACUGUGCUUUCAAACAUAGAUAAAGCAUGAUAAAGAUUAUUAUUUAAGAUAUACUUGUAUUUAUACCUCAGAUAUUCUUUUGGGUUUUGUACCUCAAGGCUUUUUUCUUCUUAUUGUAAAUACACUUUACGUGAAUACAGUCUAAGUGAAGAAAAUAAAUAAAAGGAAGAGGUUUAUAACUUGCUCUAUAUCUGUACAGAAUAUAAUCAAUAAGUGCACUAUUAUUAAAUGUUUAAAGUAAGGGAAAAGUCUGGGCUGCCUUCCUUAAUAUUGCAUCUCACUCCCACUCUUAAAACCACAGAUUGCAAAGCAUAGCAUUUUAGCAUCAACUACAAUCAAAAGAGCAAUUUGCUGAAGGAAAAAUCAGACUGCAAAUCAUUCCAAGGCCAAACUGCAACUGAGCCACCCACUCCCAAACAGGAAACCCUGGUGAAGGUUCAGGAAGCACAGAGAUUCUCUCCAAACAAAGGUCCAGUUAGGAAACGACGCUGAGAGGAUGAUGAGAACGUGCAACAACAGAAAGAUGCUCCCAAGCAGAGUCAGGGUCACUGAUGAAUGCCACAAAAGGUCUCUUUCCCACUGUUCAAUUUGACAAGAGAAGAAUUUGAAGGAUAUGAACAUUUUCAAGAACUCUGCUGAGGUCACUUAGAGCGCCAUCACAACUUAUUUGUGUGACUAAUUGCCUAGAUUGUAAGCUCUUUGAGGGCAGUGCUCGUCUCCUACACAUCUUUAUAAUCCCCUGCAGCAGCUUUCAGUAUUUUGUACUUGUAGGCACCUAAUAAAUUUAUUAUUUGCUAAACUGAA